UUUAAUGUUGUGAAAAUCAACACAUUUAUUUCAUUUAAUUUUCCCCUUAGAAAUGAUUAGGUAACUAUGGUGAACUAAACCAUGCUCUGGCACCCCCUUUUUAACAAAACAGAAUGAAGUAGAAAAAAAAGAGUCUGGUCUGCAUCUGUAUUUUCUAUUUAUGACACCCCAGUGCUGAGCUCAUGCAUCUAAAUCUUAGGUAUCCCAACAGGGCAGAUGAGUCAUACUUGACUUCUUUAUGUAAAGUAACAUAUCUUUUUCGUGCCUCCACUGGGAGUGGUGUGAUAAAUCAUGUUUGACCUUACCCCACCCUCAAGGCUAUGGAAAGUGUUCAGCAACACCUGUUAAUUGACAUAAACGCUCAGGCUGUGAUGACCUAUGUCUAAGGCUAUCUGAAGGCUAAGACGGCAUGCUGAAUUUAUGAAAUCUGUUUCAUGUCACAGAAGCUUCCCAUGCAUUAUUACAUAACAUGCCUUAAGCACUCUUUUAUAGGCUGUUUUCUUUCAACACAAUGCAUACGGGCUUUGCAUUGAGUGGUAGCCACAGCUCAAUAAGGAUUGUGGGUUGUUAUUGAUGUUUUGUUUUAUUUUGAACAGAUUGAGCGCCGUAUGGAGUUGGUGCGAGUCGUUUCGCAUAACGCGCACAAAAGAAUGGUCGCGUGUUUGCAGGGGCAGAUAGGCACUGAUGCUGAGAAGAGACAUAAAAAGCUUCCACUAACAGCGCUGUCACAGGCCAUGCAGGAUGGCGGAAACCAGUUGGGGGAGGAGUCUCUGAUUGGGAAAAUGAUGGAGAUGUGCGGAGAUGCCGAGAACAGACUGGCCUCUGAACUAAUGCAGCAUGAGAUGAACAUUGAAAAGGAGAUCUUAGACACCCUCAAUCAGCUAGCUGAGGUGGACAUUCCUAACAUCCUGAAACAGCGACGGCAGUUAGCCAAACUGGUGCUGGACUAUGACUCUGCCCGAGCGAGGUGGUUGCAGGCGACCAAGUCCAUAAUCUCAGGAACAAACACACAAGCACUGACAGCCAAAGCAGACUCCCUUAAAGAAGAAGUCGACGAAGCUAUGAACAAAAUGGAGCUGUGUAAGGAUCAACUUUCAGCAGACAUGUACAAUUUUUUCUCAAAGGAGGCAGACUAUGCCCGCUACUAUGUAAUGUUAUUAGAGGCACAAGCGGAUUAUCACCGAAAAUCUCUCACCUUGCUUGAGAGCGUCCUGCCAACCAUUCAAGCUCAACAAGAUUCGUGGACCGAGAAGCCAGCGUUUGGAACGGCUCUGGACGAGCAUCUGAAGCGCAGUGGCAGAGAGAUCGCACUGCCUAUAGAGGCCUGUGUUAUGAUGCUGCUGGAGACUGGAAUGAAUGAGGAGGGUCUUUUCAGAAUAGCUGCAGGAGCCUCUAAACUGAAGAAGCUGAAGGCAGCUCUGGAUUGCUCCACCUCACAGCUGGAGGAGUUUUACUCUGACCCACAUGCCGUUGCUGGGGCAUUAAAGUCAUAUCUCAGAGAGCUGCCUGAACCUUUGAUGACUUACCAGUUGUAUGAUGAGUGGACACAGGCAUCCAAUGUCCCUGACCCAGACAAACGGUUACAAGCUUUGUGGGUUACCUGCAAUCAGUUACCAAAAAACAACAAGGCAAACUUCAGAUACCUUAUUAAGUUCCUUGCUAAGCUUGCACAGGAAAGUGACGUUAACAAGAUGACCCCCAGCAACAUUGCCAUCGUCCUUGGACCCAAUCUACUGUGGGCCAAAACCGAGGGGAGCCUAGCAGAAAUGGCUGCUGCAACCUCUGUGCAUGUUGUUACUAUAAUUGAACCCAUAAUUCAGCAUGCAGAUUGGUUUUUCCCUGAGGAUGUGGAUUUUAAUGUAUCCGGCAUGUUUUCUAUGCCUGCACCCCUGCCAAACAACGUCAACCACCUGACCCCACCAGAUUAUGACUCGGGCACCAUAGAAAGGAAGAGACCUGGCAGCAUGGUGGGCCCAGAUGGUGAAUUGCCCCGGAGAGAAAGCUCUGCUAAUAAAUUAAUGGACCACAAUCCUCGUAGAGGCAAUACUGUACCUAGAAAGCAGCACGCUUCGCCUGCCUUCCAGCCCCCACUGCCCCCUGUGGAGGCUGCCGGUAAUGCUGGGGGUCAGCCUAUGGCUGAACUCCUGCUCCAGCAGCCUGCGCAGGUGGGCCUGGGCUUAGAGAGCUGUCAGCCCGGGCUGGCGCUGGGGAUGGCCGCCCUGGCAGCAGCACAGCAGCUUCUAGCUCAGCAUACUGAGGAGAUCAGUUCAAAGACCCGAGACCCUGCGUCCACUCCUCCAGCUCAGAGAAAUGGCACUGGAGGAUCAGGACAGCUGAGUGUGGGGACCCCUGUGGCUGGAUCUACAGGACCCAGUCCUCACAUGGCACACAGAGGUUCUAAGAAGCCGGCCCCAGCUCCUCCUAAACCAGCCAACCCUCCACCAGGCCAACCAGCCAAUCAGUCAGUACAGCAAGCCUCUUCAGGCACCCCUCAGUCCCUCAGCCCCUCUCCUAGACCGCUUUCUAGUUACUCUCCAACCAAUCUGAGCCCCAUACAACCACAAGCUCAAACCAACAUAACCCCUCGUCGCCACUCGAGCAACCAGCCCCCUAUUCAGGCACCCAACCAUCCGCCCCCGCAGCCUCCCACGCAGGCCACGCCCCCUCCCCAACCCAGUGCUCCAGCUGACCUCGGAGAAGACCCCUCCCCUCCCAGCACUCCCACUCCACCGAGCACCCCUCCGCCCACAGCAGUGUUUCAUGACAGUCCCAGUCCCACCGCUCCCCCGGUGUUCCAGUCAGGAUCGCUUCCUCGCCCGAGGCCUGUGCCUAAACCACGUAACAGACCUACUGUUCCCCCUCCGCCACAGCCUCCAGCCACAGGAAGCGACAGCAAUGGAAUUUGCAGUGCUGCCUUCAAAACAAUGGAUUCGGGGAUGACAUUUAAACCACUGGGUCGAGCUCUUGUUCCUGAUAUCACCGUUGAGAAGCCUGUUACCCAACUCAAGGACAUAGACCUUGACACAGAGAGCACCGUCCUGUAAAAAUGGCCUUGACCCCAAACACCCUUUCCCUUGACCAAAGGUUUGCUAAAGGGCUGCUCUUCUCACCAUUACCAAAGUGUUCAUCAUCUUGGCUGUACUUCUCGAAUACCCUACGCUUAAGACAAUCAACAAUCCCAGUGGCACCAGGGAAACAGAUGCCCCGAGAUGUUGGACGUUUAUUUAAACAUGCCUUUUCAUUGUGAUGGCAGCAAAAAAAAAUGACCUGUAUUGCAUGAGGAACUGGGUUGAGAAACAAGAAACUAAUUUGUUUGUUACGAGGUACUUGGAGGUGAGUCUUAAGUGGCCUUGGCUAAACAAAGCAAUUACUCAAUUUAAAAGGUGGAAGAUGCUUAAAAAAAGAAAAGAAAGAAAAACUGUGGCUUUAUGUAUAAGCUUGUGACUGCAGGUCUCCAGUCAGCUAAUACAAUA